ACUUCAUGUCCAACCAUCUCCACAAGUGAGCCCUACGCAAGAUAAGGGCGUCUCAGUAGGUCAAAGUGUAAUCCAUUAUAUGUGGUAACCUUGCUUGGUCAUUGUUUUUGCAUUUUGUGGUUUUGGUAAGAGACUAAAUCAAAAGACAAUUUCAGAUCCGAGGCGAUUCAGGUUCACCAGCCAAACGUCAUUUGGAAGGCAACAUUUGAAGUUCGGGAGCGACCGACCUCUCCUUCUUUGGCCUGUUUCUUUCCUUCGACUCUUCGUGGGUUCAGUCUCUAGAACCGAUUAUCUCACUCUACGCAAUGGGUUCAUAGCGGUAUGUCUGUGGCCCGUGGCCCACCCAACAUAUGUUACAAACCCAUCUGUGCCGUUGAUGAACAUAAUGAUUUUUUUUUUCUUGAUCUCAUUGGCCCAUCUUUCACAAGGUAGCAAGUUCGACUUCCAAAAGUUUCUUAGGAGAGCUUUGGAUAAAGAUUUCGCCAUGGUCGUUGGAAUCAGUCUUUGGAUCUGGAUCUUCUCAACAUUUUUCCUAUUCUUCAAUGCCCACAAAUUUUAUAACUACUUAUGGCUGCCGUUUAUUCCUUUGGUGAUGGUUUUAGCGGUAGGGACCAAAUUGCAAGUAAUUAUAACGAAUAUGUGUUUAGUGAGUCGCAACGAAUCGGUUGUGGUUCGUGGAAUAUUGCUUGUGAAGCCCAGUGACCAUUUUUUCUGGUUUGGUCGGCCCCACCUCCUCCUCCAUAUCAUCCAUCUUAUCCUUUUCCAGAACUCCUUUCAACUGGCAUUCUUCACAUGGACGUGGUGUAAGUUCGGAUUGCGGUCAUGCUUCCAUCGUGAAACUGAAGACAUCAUUAUAAGAAUCGCAUUGAGUGUAUUGGUUCAGCUCCUCAUCGGCUAUGUAAUCUUACCACUAUAUGGACUAGUCAAACAGAUGGGAUCGACGAUGAACAAGAUGGUAUUCACAGAACGUGUCUCGAUGGGUCUAAAGAACUGGCAUGCCUUGGCAAAACGAAAAUUGGGCACGGAUAGACCUACUCCGACCGGUUCGCCGCGACCGGCGGGACAAUCACCUUCUCAAGCGAUGGAGACUUUAUUGACUAAUACACAUGAGUUGGAACGUACGGAUAUGGAACAUCCGGAGACGGAUGUUGGAUCCAUGGCUAUUGAAAUAAUGGAAGUAGAGAGGACCAAGCCUAGUAGCAGCACGAAAGGUUGUGGUGGAGAGAUUUCUCUUAGGUGGUGAAAUUGGCUGAGGUUGGGCUUCUGUUCAGGCUGGGAGGUUGAGAACAAAAAAGGUUGGGAGGUUGAGAAAUUGUGAAUUCUCAAUGGAAAUGAGAGAUUUCCAGAUGUGAUUGUAAACUAAUGUUCUGAAUCUUCUCGACGACCGAGAUCCACACCAUGUAUUUUUGUUCAGGGAUUCUUCAAGGAUAGGACGUGGACAACAAAAAUGAUGAGAAUUUAUGUAAGAAUGGGUGAGAUUCCAUAUAAAUGUAUGAUUUUUUUUUUUGGUUAACAAAAGGAGGAUUAUAAAAUUGAAAAUAGAGUAUAUUUGCGA